UUAUUUUAUUUAUUUUUUGAGUGAGCUAUCAAUAUUGAGAUUGUUUUUUCAAAUGGGCUGUUCAUAAAUGAAAUUGGGUUUUUCAAGAAUUUGUUUUUGCAACUUUUAUGUGUCAAGAACUUGUUUUUGCAACUUUUAUGCGUACAGAAAUGACAUGGGUUUUUUGCUCGAAAUCGUCUAACAUUCGCUGGAAUUUUUUGUUAGUUGCUUCCCUGUUUGUUCUCAUGCAAAAAUUCUGUUUGUUCUCAAGUCUAGUCAAAUAGAGACCUAAUGCAGUAUUUUCACAUCUCUGGAUGUAUGAGUGGACAUAGUUCAUUUAAUUAAAGGUUCCACAAGGUACAGGUCUACAUUUGAUUGCCAUUUGUCCCGUUACUAUCAUCCACAAGGCACAGGUUUCUAGAAACAUUGAUUUGGUCUAUGGAGGAGGCAGCAUAGGCCUCAUGGGUUUGAUUUCGCAGGCUGUUCAUGAUGGCGGUCGGCAUGUUAUUGGGGUUAUUCCCAAGACGCUCAUGCCUCGAGAGUUAACUGGUGUAACAGUAGGAGAAGUGAAGGCAGUUGCAGAUAUGCACCAAAGGAAGGCAGAGAUGUCUAGACAUUCUGAUGCUUUUAUUGCCUUGCCAGGUGGUUAUGGAACUCUCGAAGAACUACUUGAAGUUAUAACCUGGGCUCAACUAGGCAUUCAUGAUAAACCAGUAGGUUUGCUCAAUGUAGAUGGAUACUACAACUCAUUGUUGUCAUUCAUUGACAAAGCCGUUGAGGAAGGCUUCAUUAGUCCAAAUGCUCGCCAAAUCAUUCUAUCUGCACCUACAGCAAAGGAACUAGUUGAGAAAUUGGAGGAGUAUGUUCCUUGCCAUGAAAGAGUUGCUUCAAAACUGAGCUGGGAGACAGAGCAUCUUGGUUACUCCCAAAAAUUCGAUAUAUCAAGGUGAAAUAUGGAUUGUUCGCUUAAGAAGUUAAUAGAUCAUGGAAGUACGUCACUAGAAGAAGCUAACUUGGAACUUAUUAAUUUUUUCUGCUUGGAAAUGUUUUUGUAAUUAUUACGCAGGAAAGUGUGAACUCACUACGCAAUAGCUUCGUAUAUUUCUUUCACAUGAAUAUUCAAUUUCCUUUGCAAGUUGUAACUACUAGAUGUCUUGUGUAAUUCUCGUCUAAUGGAAACUUACUUUCUUUUUA